UGAGGAGGCGCCUGAGCGCGGCGGCAUCUUCUGUUGUCUCACUGGAGGGAGGAGCCGCCGCCGCUUGCGGGGAAGCUAGUUCUUUGAACUCUCGUGUCAGAAGGUCAACAUGAAGAAACAGUAUAAGUUGCAAUUCUACCAAGUCAUUUAUACAGUAACUUAAAUUUUACAUCACAUUUAAAAUAGGUGGGCACAAGCACAAAUCCAUAUGGAGGAUGAAUCUCCUCCUUCUCAAGGAGUCAGCGCCAAGGUCUUGGAGGCAACAUUGUUGUCAGCCCUGAAGAUGCUGGAUGUUGGGAAAUGGCCAAUUUUUUCUCUCUGUUCCCAAGAAGAGCUCAAGUUAAUUCGUCAAGCCUGUGUAUUUGGCAGUGCCGGUAAUGAAGUGUUGUAUGCAACAGAAAAUGAUGAGGUUUUUGUGCUUGGCAUGAACUGCAGUGGGUGUUUGGGAACAGGUGACAUGCAGAGUACUAUUGAACCAAGGAGGCUGGAUUCUCUAUGUGGCAAAAAGAUAGCCUGUUUGAGUUAUGGAAGUGGCCCUCACGUUGUUCUUGCUACGGAAGAAGGAGAAGUGUAUACGUGGGGCCAUAACGCUUAUAGUCAGUUGGGCAAUGGUACAACGAAUCAUGGUUUUGUUCCCUGCCAAGUCUCUACUAACUUGGUGAACAAGAAAGUCAUUGAAGUUGCCUGUGGCUCUCAUCAUUCUAUGGUGUUAACAUCUGAUGGAGAGGUAUACACAUGGGGUUAUAAUAACUCAGGCCAAGUUGGAUCUGGUUCAACAGCUAAUCAGCCAAUUCCUCGAAGAGUUACCAGCUGCCUACAGAAUAAAAUAGUAGUUAAUAUUGCUUGUGGACAGAUGUGCUCUAUGGCUGUGGUGGAAAAUGGAGAGGUCUAUGUGUGGGGUUACAAUGGGAACGGGCAGCUCGGCCUGGGCAGCAGCGGCAACCAGCCAACACCGUGCCGAAUAGCAGCUUUGCAAGGAAUCCGCGUACAGCGGGUUGCCUGUGGCUAUGCACAUACAUUAGUGCUAACAGAUGAAGGUCAGAUUUAUGCCUGGGGAGCCAAUUCAUAUGGCCAGUUAGGUACUGGGAAUAAAAGUAACCAGUCUUACCCUACGACAGUUGUUGUGGAUAAGGACAGAGUUAUAGAGAUCGCAGCCUGCCACUCUGCUCACACGUCAGCUGCCAAGACCCAAAGCGGCCAGGUGUACAUGUGGGGCCAGUGCCGUGGGCAGUCAGUGAUCCUUCCCCACCUCACGCACUUUGCCUGCACUGACGAUGUGUUUGCUUGCUUUGCUACCCCCGCCGUUAUGUGGCGUCUUCUAUCAGUAGAGCCUGAUGACCACCUAACGGUAGCCCAAUCACUAAAGAAGGAAUUUGAUAACCCUGAAACUGCAGACCUGAAGUUUCUAGUGGAUGGAAAAUACAUUCAUGUUCAUAAAGUUCUUCUCAAAAUUAGGUGUGAACAUUUUCGUUCCAUACUGAAUAAUGAUGAUGAAAUUAUAGAAAUGAGUGAAUUUUCUUACCCUGUUUACCGAGCCUUCCUGGAAUACCUGUACACAGACAACAUUAGGCUCCCUCCUGAAGAUGCAAUAGGACUGCUAGAUUUGGCAACACUGUAUAGGGAAAACAGACUGAAAAAGCUUUGCCAGCAAACAAUCAAACAAGGCAUUUGUGAAGAGAAUGCCAUUGCUCUGCUUUCCGCCGCUGUCAAAUAUGAAGCUCAGGACUUGGAAGAAUUUUGCUUCAGAUUUUGCAUAAAUCAUUUAACUGUUGUUACACAAACUCAAGGCUUCGCAGAAAUGGACCACGACCUCCUGAAAAACUUCAUUAGCAAAGCAAGCAGAGUGGGAGCAUUCCGGAAUUGAGGUCUGACUACCGCCAAGAUGAAGAACACCACCUCUUCUCUCCUGGAAAUACUUCUCCUUUGGGGAUCUUGUCCAUGGUCAGAACAUGUAAAGGUUUGGAAAAGAAAGACUUGGUGUCCAUCAGCUUAGGAAAUGUGUAACAGUCUCCUAAUGUAUAGGUUUUGUAAAGAUGGCCACAGCAUAGGGUGAGAGUUCAUUGCCAACAGUCAGAAUUUAACAACAAAAAUCUAAUGUAGUAACUAACCUUUCCCGUUUCAAUUUGAGCAAUCUAAGCCAUCAUUAUCUUCUCUGGGUUUGUUUGUUUGUUUGUUUUUUUCUUUUUUUAAAAACAAUCUGCAUUUGGAUUAUUUGGAUUUUACGGGACAGUGACCUGUUUGCUGUUGACUUUCACAGUACACGUUUUUCACCAGGCUAAGUUAAUAUGCCAUAGCGGGCUCCUUUGUGCCUGAUUCAUCAUCCAGUGAAGACACAAACUUGUUUUUUCUGAACAUAGGAUAAAGCAAUAUGAAUUCUUUAGGAUGAGAGGUUUCCUGAUUGGUGUUUGAAGUGUAAAUACAUAAGCCAUGAAGAGCUUCAGCUGGAUAUUACAGUUUCGAAUUCCUGGCAUUUACGUCCAUUGUUCUAGAGAGAAUGAAAAAACCCAAACUUUCCAUUACACCCGGCAUGUUCCCUGGCACCUCAACGGGCCAGGAAGCAUUUGCAGUAUUUGCUGGGAUGUGAAUUACUGUGCUGUGUGUUCUGGUCCUCAGAAAACCAUGCGGCUGCUUGUUACCAAGAAAAAGAAAUGCAAACAAAAAAAUCUCAAGGAAAGGGAAGUUCCACCUGAGGUUUGUUUAUUCCCAUCUAUCUAUCCCCCAGGAGAUCAUGUUAAGAAAGACAGAGGAAGAGAUAGAUAGUAUGGAAGUAAUAAGAUGGGUCUUACAAUUAAAUUGUAAGAGUGAAACUCAUGUGAUUUUCCAUGUGGCAAUAAGGGCAUCACUGACCAUUAAGGGGACUGGGUGGCGAAGGGAGAUGCUUAAUUUCAAACUGACUAAAGUGAGUUUGGAUGGAAGCCCAGCCGGUGUUGCACAGAGGGAGGUUUGCCCCAUUGCAGAAGAUGCCAAGCUCAUGAAACAUGAACUUGAAUUUUAUAAUUAACCCUGAAGAAUCAUUUAUCUUAAAAUUUUGAGUGGGUGAAGUGACUUCAAGUGCCUUUUGUAGUAUUUUACAAAUAGAGAAGGCAAGAAGCUGGAGGGCCAGGCUCAGUGCGCUGAUGUACGUGACCUUCCCUCAGAUCUCGCUCUGCCACAGAAUCCCUCGAUGACUUUUUCUAAUCCUCAAGUGUGGUUUCUAAGAACUUAAUUCCCUUAAAUGAUCGCAGCCUCAUUUCCUCAUUUCUGAAGUAGAAAGAGCUGUUUUUUGUUAUAUUGGAGGAUCAUUUCUCAAACAAUCCUGUUGUUUGAGGAGGAGAAGGGGAAGCCCUUCCUCAGAGGAGGGGAGGAGCAGCAGGGAGCAGGGCCUCUCUCCACACCAGCCCCUGCGGGUGUGAGCGGAAGGGUGAGGCACGCAGACAGUAGAAUUGACUUAGGAAGAAGGCCACAAGCAAAUUAUUUUGGAAAAUGCUGUGGUAAAAAAAAUACUUGUGUUUGAGGCAUUUGCCUCGGACUCUCGCUAGCAAUGUAUUGGGUCAUCUACUGCUAGCAAGCGUGUUCUGCCACCCCCUCAGUGGUCAGUAUAACUUCCUCCAGCAGUACAAGUCCACACUUCAGCAGCUUUGUCAGUAUUUUGUAUUCAAACAGAACUGUUCAAAACCUUUCCAGUACAUAAUGCAGUUUCAUCAAAACCACAGCUUCCCUGGGUGGGGGGAGAGACAUCAGUUUUGGUAACUUUGUGUUGCAAAGGACUUGACUCAGGCACACAGACAGAGGUUAAUGCAGACAGUAAAACAGUAUCAAUGUUGGGCACAACUUUUCUGCAAACCUUGUAAGAUUCAGCCCAGCACUAACCAUGCCAAAGCACAGACACAAGUCAAGCCUACCUAAGCCAAAGCUGGUUAGUGCCAGAUGUUUUGGUGAAGCCAGGGAUGGCUGGAGUGAAGUCUCUGCCCCUCUGAGUCCUGGGCUCAAGUCCUGUCAGCAUUUUCUCAGCCACAGCAGCACACAGAAGGAGGAUGUAACACCACAGCCCAGACUUUGUGGAGCAGCUUGUAUUGGAUCUUGCCAGCACAUCCACAGCACUGGAACCAGCUGCACACCCACCUGUGCCACCCACAGGGGCCUUUCGGUCACUCCAACCUUCCCAAGAAAUGCACUGUAAUAGGUCUCCCCACAUUUCUGUUGUUUUACCUAAAGAACAAAACCAAAACUGUAAACCUGAAAUGACUGGUUUUUAACUCAACGUGUGAUCACAAUCCCUGCUCCAGGUCGAGCCUGGCUUCCCGCAGACACCACAGAGCGAUGGCGCAGGAGCAUGACACCGCUCUGCUAAGCUGGCGCAAGUUCAUAAUGCAGAAGUUCAGCAGUUACUCCAGGCAAAAUAGCAGGCUUGCUUAGCAAGGUAUUUUUGGCUUAAUAUAACCAAUAGUGCCAUGCGUUUUUCCAGUUUAUUUCCUUCCUUUCCAACUUACUGCGCACACUAAAGCCUAGGUGCGAUUUCAGAGCAAUUGCUAAAGCCUGUAAUUUUAAGGGAAAGCAUCUCUGGACUGAAUGAGGGUGAUUCUAAAGGUCCAACAUGUCAGUGUUGGAUUUUCUUCAUGCAAUAUCUAUCGGUUGACCUGGAUGCGACAGCAUCACAUUCAUAGAGACAUUUAUUUAUUUAAUUUUUUAAACUUUUCAUUUGCAUGCACUUUCCUUGGCACUUAAAGGUCGAUGUUUAAAAAACAUACUGGCUUAGGUGGUUAAAUGUGGAUGUUUGUAUAUAAAUCUGUCCUUAAAACCAAAUGAUGGGACAUUUUAGAAGAAAUUAGGGAUGCAUUUUACCAUUGUGAGAUAGUCUGUAGCAAACCUGGAUUUGUGCAUCUUGCAGGUUAAAUACUUCAUUAAGUAUGUAAGUAUGUAAGCAUUGUUCUGUUUUAGGACACUAAGGACAAAAUGGUAUUUGUUAACAAGUGAAAAUAAGCUCAAGUGUAAACUCUACCUGGGUUUAAAUAGAGGGAUGUUCCACUUUACAGAAGGGGACUGAGGUGGGUAACUUUCUGAAUCAAAUGCAAUUUGAAAGAACAAGAAACGGCAGGGAGAGGGUCAUUAAGUAUUUUCCUGAGUUACUGAAGCUGAGAGCCAGCACUGGCACUCGUGCCACCUCUAGAGGUUUGUUACAAUGCCCGACAACCAUGUAAACUGUUUUUAUAUGACCUGAACAACGUCCAUGGGCUUUCCUUGUAAAGCAAAGCAUUUCAUUACCCCAUAGAGACAAGACUCAUUGGCUACUGCCUAACCAUGUAGAAAGUUUACAGCCUGAACAUGAUUUUAUGUUUCAAUUUGUUUCUUUGUAAACUUACCUGGUUUUAAUAGGCCAUUAAUAAAAACGCCAUAAUAUUUAAGAA